AUGUGGGGCAUGACAAUUGAUUGCAUUAGAAAAGCGGCUACCGAGGUUUUAGGGGCAUCGAGAGGAAUCUUUGAUGCUCGUCAAGGAGAUUGGUGGUGGAAUGGAGAAGUACAAGGAAAAGUGAAAGCCAAGAAAGUUGCAUAUACGGAGUGGUUGGAGUACGUGGACGAGGAGGAGAAGAGUAGGCUUAAAGAUAUCUAUAAGAAAGCGAAGACGGAAGCGAAGUCGGCAAUCACCAGUGCUAAGACGACAAUUUUUGAACGCCUAUAUGUCGAGUUAGGGGGAAAAUGUGGGGAUAAGAGAUUGUGUUUUAGAGUUGGCGAGCUUAGAUGUGGUAUUAGCAGCAUGAGGAGGGGGAGAGCGAUCGGGCUCGAUGAGAUUCCGGUGGACUUUUGGCAGAGCACUGACAAGGCAGAGAGUGGUGGAGAUGAGGGUGGGAGAGAAAUGUCAAUCUCAAAGAAUCAGUUCGGAUUCAUGUCGGGGUGGUCGACUAUUGAAGCAAUACAUCUUAUGCGGGGACUGGUGGAGAAAUUUAGAGAAAGAAAAAGUGAUCUCCAUAUGGUGUUCAAUUACCUUGAAAAGGCUUAUGAAAAAGUUCCGAGGUAUAUUCUUUUGAGGUGUCUGGAUGCUAAAGGUGUCUGGAUGAUUUAUAUUAGGGCGAUAAAGGAUAUGUAUGCCAGAGCCAAGUCUCGGGUUAGGACGGUUGGAGGUGACUUAGAGCAUUUUCCUGUUGAGAUGGAACUACAUCAGGGAUCUGUGUUGAGUCAUUUUCUUUUUGCCUUAAUGAUGGAUGAGCUGACACGGUCUAUUUAG